CCAUCAUCUAAGCCAUCAAAGCAAAACUCCCUUGAAGGAUCCAAUCAACAUGGCAUCUACAUCAACAACUACUCCCCAAGAGCAAGCAUCCACAGUCACAGCAUUCGCCAAAGACCUCCAAGAUCUAAUCUCAUCGACCACCUCCUCCUACAGCCCGCUAGCCAUCCUCGACGACACCCUCCGCACGCUCGAUAAACACCUCACCCAACUUCCCUUAUCACGAACGGCCCUCACGACAUCCACGCGUCACCAGCUUGAUACGAAAGGAAUGGAGCUAUGGAAUACGUGCUUGCAGGUUAUGGGGACUUGCGGGGAAGGUGGUGUCCGUGGUUUGUUGAGUAAAGUGAAGUAUCUGGCUUUUGCUAUGAUAGAUAGUGCUGCACCUCGUCGGGGGUCGGGAAAUUUGAGGGCUCUUGAGCUCGCGCUGAGGACAUCCAAAGACUGCUUGGAAAGUGAGCAUCUCGAACUUGGCUUGAAAGCUCUGGAGAUCGUGGCGGCGAGGUUGGAUACUUUUGAGAAGUCGGAGGCCGAUAAUUUAAGACUAUCGGCUGCCACGACGGAAUAUUAUAUGCUUCGCAUUUAUCUGUCGUGGUUUCAAGGAAGGCCAGAUAUCGCAGAGCAUUUGUUCACCAAAACUAGCGACACCCAAGGGUCUCUGGAACAGCAGAAGACGAUGAUCGAGGUUUGCUAUAUCAUCGGAUCAUCGGCUCUCUCGAAAGGUCAACCUGAUAUAGCAGUCCGCUGGUUGGAAAGAGUAUUAAAAUCGAACUCUUGUUCUAACCAGGAUAGUGAGUCAUCUGACCUUGCUCUGAAGGAUAUGAGGUUGCUUAUACUACAUACCUUGGUGCGGGCCCGUCUCCAGUUGAAUACGCCGAACUCAAGGGACUGUGCACUCCAAGCAUUGAACUCCUUGAAGACUGAAUACAGAGAUAUAGUCCCUGUGGUCAUGCUUCAACUCGAAUUCUUCAGCAAAGAAGAACAUCUAAAUUAUAAUGACUAUUCCGGAUGUCUUGAAACUGCUGUACGGAUGAUGGAGCUUACAGACGUCACUCUGAAGACUGCUUUCUAUCAUAUCCAGAAACUCAGCUAUCACAGCUGGGAUCUCUCCAUGAAAGUAUCUCGACAGCUUCUGCUCGAGAAGCUCAUUCCUUCUGGUAACCAUACCUUGAUAGGGCAGUAUUUUGUUGCCUUCAUCUGGAUGAUAACCAAUUCAAACAAACCUGCAUCGCAAGAGUUGGAUAUCAUCAUAGACACUGCGAAAACACUCGCUCAUCCUGGCAUAGAUGCUCUGAGCGAAGACGCCACUCAUGCUUCGUUAGUUCUCAUAUGGAGACGAGUCGAAAAUAUGAUUUCCAACGACGAUAUCUCUAUGGCAGAACAAUGGUGCCUGUUUGUCCUCGAACAGCCUAUCUUCCAGAAUUGCUCUACAGCCAACCGGGGCGUCCUUCAAAGAAAACUAAUGGUUUGCGCAUUGAAUAACCCGGGCACUUCUCUUACAUACGAAGCGCUGGAACGAAUACUGGGGCGAUCUCACGACACCCCUUCGACGCUGUACUUGGCGUAUAUGAUCACUCUGUUGCAUGAUGAACCGGACCUGGGAACGAGUAUCCUGGAAGCGCUAUAUAAGCUAGGAGAAAAUGGAGCCACGUUUCUUUUGUCCUGCGCAGCAGAAGCUCAGCGUCUAGGAAAUAUGCAGCAAAUGAUGGGCAGCAUUCAGCGGGUUAUUGCGAUUCUGGACAGUGGAUAUUGUGAAGGAUUAGACUUUCCGACUCUCGUUGGAUCUACGAUACAUAUUCUCUCAACAGAACUGGACAAUUGUAAAGUAGAUGAUACGAAGAUCUUGGAACAGAUACAUCGGACCUUUCAAGCUGCCCUGAAAUGCUUGACUGAAAGCAGCAGUACAUUCUCGAGCAAUGACAUACAAAGGCUCUUCCAGAAGAGCUAUAAUCUUGCCUUGCAGUUAAUCAGAUUUUCUCACUAUAGUGCAGCUAUAGGGUUGCUAGAUGUCUCCCUGGAGCUGGCAGAUCUAUUCCCAAAGACUGCGGAGUCCAAAAACACGUCCGAAAUUCUUGGGCAUUAUCUCUCAUGUAACUUUCUGAAAGCCCUCAUUCUCAUCAUAGAGGCACGCGAGGAAACGGACCCUCUCGAAAAGAAGAACCACUACACCAACCUUCGCAACACGAUCGAACACUUCCGAGCACAUAUCGCAAACCACCUACAACUGCAACAGAACCACGAAACAACCGUCCCAGAAAAGUGGCAAAAAAGCUACCGAGCCCUCCUCUCCUUCGACUUCGAAGCCGCCGUCUUCCUGUCCCAAUGGGACUGUCUACCGCGUAUAAUCGAAGAAUCAAGCUCAUUCGCAGACUCGAAGCUGUGCGCGGUCUUCCUGGACUCGAUUUUAUUUGCUGAGGCACCGGUGAGCGAGAUGGUAAGGGUUGUCAUGACAAUAAUAAACACCCUCCACACCUCCCCCUCCCCAACCCUCAACAAAUCCUCCUUCGAAACCUCCCUCCCGUGCUACUUCCGCUGCCUCUUCCAACUAUCCCUCCAGGCAAACGAAAUCCCCCUUGCAGAAGCCAUCCUCGAUAAAGCCAUAUCCCUAGCCCGCGGCUACGAUGACAACACCAACACUGACAAUAAUAUGAACGAAAACGGCAAAACCAAGAGCUACGACUAUCCAAACGAAGAACUCGAAUGGCUCGCCACAAUGUCGUUCAAUCGCGCGAUAGAUUUCUACCUCGUUUCUGCGGAUGAGGAGUGUAGACGGUGGGCUGAGAAGGCGAUUGAGGUUGCUGAUUUGGUGGGGUAUAACCAGGGUGCGUUGGGGAGGUUGUUGAGGGCGAAUUUGGCCAAGUUGUCGUGAUUUAUCCAUUUAUCAGGUCAUAUGUUACGAGUAUGUUAGAUGGGAUGCUGUAUGUUCAGAUGUUGAGAUGAGAGAAGCAAAUCAUCAUAUAAGCCAGGUACUGCAGUCCAGUUCAAUGGACGCGACCUGGCAUGUCAAUGCGGGUAUCAUUUGAAGAUUAGCUAAGAGACUCCUGGAAGACGCAACAACGCGAAAACACGAAAAUGAAAACAAGUGAAAGAAUGACUGGAAAGUAGAUGUGAAAAAAAAAA